CUCUCUCUCCCUGCAAAUCUCUUUUAUCUCUCCUUCUCUAUCUUUCUCCGACAGUUCGACAAUCAGAAUUGAUGGUGAAGCUAGCGUCAGCGCGCGAGAGCCGAGCCUACGGGCCCAGGCUGGCUCGGAACAGAGCCGAGUACACCAACGCCGGACUCUACCUCUUCGGCACAAUCGUGCUUGUUAGCGGCUUCGUGGCUCAGCUUUCCAACGAACCCAGAUCCGGCCUCGCCCUCCUGCUCAUAGCCUUGGGCUUCCUCGUCAUCGUCAACGUUCACGACCUCGUCGCCCAUCUCGCCGGCGUAGAUUCCCAUUUCUCUCUCAUGUGGUUCGACGCCCAGCUCGCGCUCGUCGAGUUCGCCGUCCCGGUUGUCCAGACCGUCGGAACGCUUCUCUAUUUCUUGGGGAUUCUGUUUCUUUUCAUUCAGGCAGAAAAGGGGUAUGGUUACUUCAAGUUGGAGAAACACGCACUGAACUUGCUUAUUGCGGGGCCUGUUCUAUGGCUGCUUGGAUCGAUUCAUAACUCAUGCCAAAUCUACGAGAGAGCCGAUGACCACGCUCAAAUCUUGCAACAGAGCGUGCUCAUCCCUUUCUUGAUGGGCAGCUUGUUGUUCCUGGUGGGCGCCAUUCUCAACUCUCAAGAGCAAUCCGGUCCAGUCCGCCACCAUGGUUUGGACUUAUUAGGUUGGAACUGGGUGUGGUUGGGCAUUGCCGGGAGCUUCCUGUUGUUCAUCGGGGGACUGGCGAAUGUGAUGAAAGUAUUCAAGUUCCAACAAGACGGCGGAAUGCGUCUGGAGAAGCUUCGAGGAGGAGCUCAAGAGCGGCUGGCUCACGAAAGAGAGGGCCAAGUUCCUUUCAUCCUGGAAGAGCAAAGGAGGAGGAGAAAGGAGAGUGAAGAAAAUCAAGUCUUGCUGAGUAUUCGAGAAGAAGAGAGGAGGAGGAGGAGGAAGGAGGCUGAAGAAUCAAUCAUUGUAGAAGAGAGAGUAGAAGCACCGGCUGUAGUUCCAACUCCUUAUAAAGAUGUGCUUCUUGGUGGUGAUAACAAUCGGGCUUCAACUUUAAUGAUGGCUUCUGUUUCCAGUCAGCCACAGUUUCGCUACACACAACCCCCAUCCAAGGUGCUCCAUUUGAGAAACUUGCCAUGGGAAUGCACAGAGGAGGAGCUGGUUGAACUGGGGAAGCCAUUUGGUAAAGUUGUCAAUACAAAAUGUAACGUUGGAGCAAACCGAAAUCAAGCUUUUAUAGAGUUUGCAGAACUAAAUCAAGCUAUUGCAAUGAUAUCAUAUUAUGCUUCUUCUUCAGAACCUGCUCAGGUACGAGGGAAGACCGUGUACCUACAAUAUUCCAACAGGCAAGAAAUUGUGAACAACAAAACCACUGCAGAUGUUGCUGGCAAUGUACUGUUGGUGACAAUUGAGGGUAAUGAUGCACGCCUUGUCAGCAUUGAUGUGCUGCACUUGGUGUUCUCAGCUUUUGGAUUUGUGCACAAGAUUACCACCUUUGAGAAGACAGCAGGGUUCCAGGCUCUGGUGCAAUUUUCAGAUUCGGAGACUGCUUCUUCUGCAAAAGAUGCUCUUGAUGGAAGGAGCAUUCCAAGGUAUUUGAUUCCAGAUUUGGGGCCGUGUACCCUAAGGAUCACAUAUUCAGCGCACACAGAUUUGACUGUGAAAUUUCAGAGUCAUCGUAGCAGGGACUAUACUAAUCCUCUUCUCCCUGUUGCGCCCUCAGCCAUAGAUUCAACUACUGGUCAGUUUAAUUUGAGUUCGGAUGGGAAAAAGCUAGAAACAGAGAGCAAUGUUCUUCUUGCUUCUAUUGAGAACAUGCAAUAUGCAGUGACCUUGGAUGUUCUACACAUGGUUUUUUCUGCUUUUGGUCCAGUCCUAAAGAUUGCCAUGUUUGAUAAGAAUGGAGGAGUUCAGGCCUUGAUUCAGUACCCUGAUGUUCAGACAGCUGUUGUUGCCAAGGAAGCCUUGGAAGGACAUUGCAUAUAUGAUGGGGGUUUCUGCAAGCUUCACAUUUCAUACUCACGCCACACUGAUCUCAGUAUAAAGGUCAAUAACGAUCGAAGUAGAGAUUAUACAAUCCCAAAUGCCCCUAUGUUGAAUACUCAACCCUCAAUUCUUGGGCAACAACCUCCUCCUAUGGUAGGGGGUGUGGGCCCUCACCAGUACAGUGCGUCGCAGUUCCCUCCAUCUCACCAAGGGCUUGCAGCACCUCAGCCUCCAGUUGGGUGGGGCCCAGUUGCAACAACAGUAGGCCAGCCUAUGACUGCACAGAUGCAUGGUCACCCUUACAUGCCAGCUCCUUCGACCACACCUCCUGGUAUGGCACCUGGAAUGAUGCAGUUGCAAAACCAAAAUGGCCUGCACCAUGCAAUGCCCCCUUAUCAUCACCAAUAACUUCUUUUGUGAUACCUGAGGCAGCAGGCAUCAACCAUAGUCUUCAGUUUAUUUGGGCCAAAAACCAUGACUUGCCCGUACAGGGACAUUAGGUUUCCAGGUUAUUUGUCUUCUUAUUCCCCCUUUUUUUGUUCUACAAGUUGUUAAAACAUGAACUGUGAAAGUGAGAUUCGAGCCAGCCAAGGGCUUGAAAACAUUGUUGGUUGUGUUUAUGCUUUUGGUUGUUGUCCCCAUUGUAGUGGUGUAUAGUAUCUUGAUACCUGCCAUUUGUCUUUAUCGCCAAUGCAUUAGAGAGGUUAGACCUGGUAA